CGGAGCUCUCAUUCGACGUGAGUUCGUCUCCCCCUGCUGGUUAUCUACUUCCCUCAGUACCCAACCAAUGCUGAAUGAUGGUCGAUCAGCUGGUCUGGACUGGGCGGUCCUGAAGAUCUUGUCGAACAAAAUCUUUCCCCGGUAAUGCCCCAGACAGGUUGGGGAAAAUACAUACGCACGUAUGAGGGCUAGAAAAACAAACUACGAAAAUUCAAAUAAAAAAUCAAAAAAAGGUAGAAAGAAUAAAAUCGAGCAAAUUAUAAACCACAACCAGAAAUAAGUCUUGCAUUCGCGGGCACAUCAUCACCUCAUACCUCCAUCAUCGACAAUCAUCAAAAUGGCAUCAUUCUAGGGAUUCCUUUCGUGUGCGCCUGCCGCACCCCCCUUCUACAGUAGAGGGAGGAAGAGAAAAUGGAUCGAUCUUCCACCUCCGCUUGACCGUAUCACGCUUUCGGUCGAGGUCAAUACACCAUAAUUACCUACCACCUAGAUAACUUCACCCCCCACCCCACUGGUGAUCAUGAUGAUUCGGAUUCCUCCCGUGCGAAUGAUCGAUAGUUAGUGAGCAUGAACAACCACAUUAAAGUAGGGUAGCUAUCACAUGGAAUGAUGAAUCUUGGAAAAUGUCUACCUCUUGCCUCGCAUUAUCCGACCGGCGAGACAAAUCGCGUAAUCAACCGCGCUUGGUCACCACCGGAGUGAACAUCAUACCGACCCCGAUGGGGAAACUAAGCUUCACAUGCCGCCACCGGCCUUCAAAUCUGCUGAACCCUCAAAACAAUUCCACUGAUUCCACCCCUUCCACUCCUGUGGACAGCUCCAAGACCCCUUCUACUCCGUCCAGUACACAGUCGAACUCCAACAUGGCGUCGUCAGUGAGCCUACUUCCGCCGCUUAUGAAGGGUGCCCGGCCUGCGACCGAAGAAGUUCGUCAGGAUCUUCCCCGCCCCUACAAGUGCCCCCUCUGCGAUCGCGCAUUCCACCGUCUGGAGCACCAGACAAGACACAUCCGCACGCACACGGGUGAAAAGCCGCACGCCUGUCAAUUCCCCGGCUGCACUAAGCGCUUCAGUCGUUCUGACGAGCUUACGCGCCACUCGCGAAUCCACAACAACCCUAACUCGAGGCGCAGCAACAAGGCUCAGCAUCUGGCUGCGGCCGCUGCAGCUGCUGCAGGGCAGGACAACGCCAUGGCCAACACCGCCAGCGCUAUGAUGCCUCCUCCCAGCAAGCCAAUGACCCGGUCGGCCCCUGUGUCGCAGGUCGGCUCCCCCGACAUCUCUCCCCCUCACUCCUUCUCCAACUACGCCAGUCACAUGCGAUCGAACUUGGGCCCGUAUGCUCGCAAUAGCGAGCGGGCAUCGUCGGGCAUGGACAUUAACCUCCUGGCGACUGCUGCGUCGCAGGUGGAACGCGACGAACACUUCAGCUUCCAUGCAGGGCCACGCAAUCACCAUUUGUUCAGCUCGCGCCACCAUGGAAGUGGCCGUCUGCCCUCCUUGUCUGCUUACGCGAUCACACACAACAUGAGCCGGUCGCAUUCACAUGAAGACGACGACGGUUAUUCGCACCGUGUGAAACGUUCAAGACCCAACUCUCCCAACUCGACUGCUCCUUCCUCUCCCACCUUCUCCCACGACUCCCUCUCACCCACUCCCGAUCACACUCCCUUGGCGACUCCCGCUCACUCACCGCGGUUGAGACCCCUGGGCUCCAGCGAUCUGCAUUUGCCGUCUAUCCGUCAUUUGUCGCUCCACCACACACCAGCUCUUGCUCCGAUGGAACCCCAACCGGAAGGGCCCAACUACUACAGUCCUUCCCAGGGUCACCAUGGUCCCAGCAUCUCGGACAUCAUGUCUAAACCGGACGGAACACAGCGAAAGCUGCCAGUCCCUCAGGUGCCAAAAGUCGCCGUUCAGGAUAUGUUAAAUCCCGGUAGUGGAUUUUCGUCGGUCACUUCGUCCACCGCGAAUUCCGUUGCCGGUGGCGACUUGGCAGAACGCUUCUAG